GCCAUUUCCUUCACUGCAGCCAGACUGCAUAGCUUCAUUCGUGUAGACUGUCCAGAGUCCACGAAUACCGCUCUGCUUUUCCUCACCCUCACCACUAAUUCAAGUGACGACCUUACAUACUAAAGCAGGACAUCUACAAAACAGCCACAUUCCAACAGCCUCUCCCGGUCCUGCUCAGACAUGUCGCUCCAUAGCUUUGGGCUUGAGCCGCUCUCCUGCCACGCCUGGAACAAAGAUAGGUCUCAAAUUGCUGUGAGUCCUAACAACAAUGUGGUGAACAUUUAUGAGAAGAAAGGCAAAGACUGGCAUAAGAUUCAUGAGCUGACUGAGCACAGUGGACGCAUCACAGGUGUUGAUUGGGCGCCUGUGUCCAACCGUAUUGUGACCUGUGCCUCUGAUCGUAAUGCCUAUGUGUGGACGCUGAAAGAUGGUGUGUGGAAGCCCACUCUCGUCCUGGUGCGUAUCAACCGUGCUGCCACCUGUGUGAAAUGGUCCCCGCUGGAGAACAAGUUUGCCUUGGGGAGUGGAGCUCGGCUCAUCUCUGUCUGCUACUUUGAAAAAGAGAAUGACUGGUGGCUGAGCAAGCACAUUAAGAAGUCCAUCCGUUCAACAGUUCUCAGUCUAGACUGGCAUCCCAACAACAUUCUACUGGCAGCUGGGUCUGCAGAUCUUCACUGCAGGAUUUUCUCAACCUACAUCAAGGAAAUCGAGGACAAACCAGGCCCCACAGCUUGGGGGACCAAGAUGCCUUUUGGGGAGUUGCUGUUGGAGCAUAAAGACUGUGGUGGGUGGGUGCACAGUGUCUCCUUCUCCCCUAGUGGGGACCAAUUGGCCUGGGUGGCUCACAACAGCAGCCUCACUGUGGUUGAUGCAGCACAGGGGAAGGAGGUAACCCAGCUAACCACAGACCUUCUGCCACUGCUGAGUGUCCUUUAUGUCAACUCUACAGAUAUUGUUGCUGCGGGCCACGAUUGCUGCCCUUACCUGUUUACCUACACAGGUCCACAUACCCUGGAGUGUGUGAAGAAGCUGGAUAUCCCAAAGCAGACAUCAAAAGGCAGUUUGUCAGCCAUGCAGCACUUCCGUAACCUGGACAAGAAGGCCACUGAGGAGGAUAACAAUGAGUUGGAAACUCUUCAUCAGAACAGCAUCAUGCAGCUGUGUGUUGUAUCAGGGGAGAAAGCCAAAGUGGAAAAGUACAGCAGCGUAGGCCUGGAUGGAGCCAUGGUGAUCUGGAAUUUUAAGGACUGAAUCAAGACUUUUUUCUAAAGCAUCUGCAGAACCAAUUCAUUGUUUUUCAUAAACAGACAGUUGGCUGUUUGUUUUUGCUUUGAAGAACUGGAAAUUACUAUCAUCACUAGGGGAGCUGUAUUUUUAUGUGGAUCAAAAGAAUAAUAAAUAAAGCUUUCUUAUUAUUUUA